AUGAAAUACAACCUUGCGGAUGCAAAUUACUUGGACUUCCUAGCAAGCUUGGAAUCCAUCAUAGCAACGGCAGACCUCACAGAAGAGGAAAGAUUUACAAUCCGAAACAAUACUGUAAACGCCUUGAAAGACCGAAAUCAGUUUACAGUACUAUCACGUGAAGAACAGAAAGCGUUGAGAUCCCUGAGAACUGACAAAAAUAUUAUCGUUCUCCCAGCUGACAAAGGUGGCUCCGUUGCGAUUUUGAACAAAGCGGACUACAAUGCAAAGAUGCUAUCAUUGUUAGAAGAUGAAUCGACUUAUAAACCACUUUCUGCGGAUCCUACCAAAGCACAGACCACAUCUAUUGAUAAAGUGCUGAAGCGCCUCACCGGGAAAAAGCAACUGUCGGGAGAAAUAGCUAAGCACUUGAAACAAACUGAACCCACCAUUGCUAGGAUCUAUGGACUACCCAAAGUCCACAAAGCUGAAGUGCCGUUGCGACCGAUAGUAUCGCUAAUCGGGGCACCCAACUACAAAAUUUCAAAGUGGCUAUUCCAAAAACUUCAUCCACUUACUAGGAAUUGUGAAACGUCGAUUGAGAACUCUACAGAGUUUCUAAAGAAAUUAAAAGGAAUCACAGUUUCCUCGGACGAGAUCAUGGUGUCCUUCGAUGUUGUCUCCCUCUUCACGUGCAUACCGUUAGAAUUGGCGAAACAGUGCACAGAGGAUCUCCUGCAAUCCUGUGACACGGAUGUUCCCGCUAUUGCCUUACUCGAGCUCUUAGACCUGUGUAUGGAAACCAAUUUUUCGUUCGACCAACAGUACUACCAACAACUGAAGGGAGCCCCAAUGGGGUCACCUAUCUCUGGCUUCCUUGCCGAGAUCACAAUGCAGAAACUGGAGGCCAUUGCUCUUCCGUUAGUUAAUCCUAAAUUGUGGUUGCGAUACGUGGACGACACAUUUGUGAUCGUUAAGAAGGAUCAACUAGAAACGCUCCACAACACCAUUAACUCAACAAUGCCGGGGAUUAAAUUCACACUCGAGAAAGAAGUUGACAAAAAACUCCCAUUUUUGGAUGUUCUUGUGCAGCGGAAGACCGACGGAACGUUGCGCACAUCGGUGUACCGCAAACAAACCUAUGCGGAAGUCAUUCUACACUACGAGAGCAACCACCCCAUUUCCCACAAACGGAGUACGGUCAACUGUCUGCUUAACCGGGCAAAAACACACUGCUCGGACGAAGAAGGCUACCAGGCCGAACUAAGUUACUUGUGUGAAUUAUUUUCCCGAAAUGGGUAUCCCAAGAAUUUUGUGCGCCGAUGCAUGAGACAGAAAAAGUCAAAAGAAACGGAACAAAGAACUUCCAGCCAGGCACCCAAGUCAAAUACAUGGCGAACUCUCCCUUAUAUCAAAAACGUGUCUGAACUCGUGGAAAGGCGCCUAAAGAAGCACCAAAUUCUGGUGGCACACAGACCAACGACUACAUUACGUACUCAGAUAGUACACCCUAAGGAUAGGGUCGGCUAUUUGGAUAGAAAGGAAGUAGUCUACAAGAUCCCGUGUGGGGCCUGUGAUGCAGUUUAUUGUGGUCAAACAGGAAAAUCCGCCUCUACACGCAUUCACGAACACCAACUUGCAGUAAAGAGGCGAGACCACCUGUCUCAAGUAGCCAUGCAUACCCUGGACACGGGGCAUACGUUUGCUUGGGACAGAACACGGAUUGUCGGCGCCUGCCCCUUCAAGAAAGGCCGAGAGUUCCUUGAGGCCAUGCACUCGGAUGAAUCGUGCAUCAACCGUCACAUCGAGUUGGACGCCGCGUACAAAAGUCUCAAGGAGAAAUGGAAGAGACGAGAGCCAAUCGGCACAGAAUGA